AUGAAUAAGUUGCAUACUAGUUGUUUCUGCAUCACAUUUGCCAGAGCAACCUGCCCUAUUCCUGGCGAUGGCGAAUGGUUCUUCUUUGCAGCCCAUGACCUCAAGUACCCAUCGGGGUACAGGUCUAAUCGCGCCACAACUACUGGGUACUGGAAGGCAACUCAGAAGGACAGGCCAGUGCACGUGCGGCUAUUAGGCGGCAGCUGUGGCAAUGAGGGCAAGGGGGAGCAGACAUUCAGAGUGGGAUUAAAAAAGACUCAUGUCUUCUGCAUGUGA